CUAGGUGCAGGUCGCCUAUUGCGUUGUCCUACAUAAUAUUCUCGCCGUUAUUACACAUGGCCUCUCCAAUUCCUCAAAUAUCAAUUUCUCCCCCUCCCCCUCAGGAGCUUCUUGUCGAACCCUAUUCUCCGUUCUCCGCCACAUCGUUCCUAACGUCCUCACUCGAUGCUGACGGUUUCAGGCCACGCCAUCUAACUCCCCCUCCCACUCAUACGAGAUUUAACCAACAACUUUCGCCCCUCCGUCCCUCCGAGGUCACACACACAGGCAAAGGCCUUGGACGUGAGCGUUUCGAAGCGCUUCUUAAGGCGUCCAAGGAACGAAAUGCCGCGCUUGGAGGCAGGAAAGAUGUUGACCUUCGUAAGGAGAUCGCUCUCAAAGCCCAUAAGAACAAGCAAGUUGAGCGCCGUGCUCUCUUUUUGUCCAAAGUUCAUGCACCCCCAUCUCCAACAGCCGCUAUGACCCCAAAGACGCCCCCCGACUCUCCCUCGAUCUUCCACUAUUCCUUGCCUUCCCCUGGUCUCAUUUCACCACUUGAACUCUUCCAAUCGUUGAGUAAUGAUGGCGAUCGUCCCACAGCUCGUGAGGUGUGGGUUGAGCAAGUAGACUUCAGGCUGACUGUCGACAAGCGAGAGCUCCGUCCGACUGCCUACAAUGUCAAACCCAAGGCUCUUCCCUCCCUUGAUCAAAUUUCUGCUCGGUUGAGCUCCCACCAAACCCAUCGCGCACCAAGUCCCAGUCCUAGACCUCAACUUCAAUCUGAUAUCAUUCCCUCACUGGCUGCGAGGAAGCCCGCAGCCCGACGGUUGAUUGAUGUGGGAAGGCUGCGGAUGCCAGCUCGAGAACGAACUGUCUCGGACCUCCGCGUCACAACAACCGUUUCAACGACCAGCACGCAUGCGCUUGAAUCUCGGGAAGCUAAAGCAUAUAAUAUGCUUUCUACCAUCAAGCGACGAACUGUGUCCAUGGCACAUGAGCUUGCUGGCAGUGAUUCGGAGGAUAUUGACGGCAGGAGGUCGAAAUGGAAACGACACAGCGCUCCUGCUGAUCUCAUGCCGCUUCAUGAACGGUUUGGAUUUGAACAUCCCGUUCUUUCUCUGCCUGGUGGUUUCUGAUACACGUUUUUUUUUUCAACCCGGCUGGUCAGAAGUUUACAAGUAUGCACAUCCCUCAGGGUUGCACCACAGUCUUUACUCUUUCGUCUACGUAGGCUGAGCCUAUACUUUAUUGUAUUCAACAUACCACCCAUGUAUUAAAACUCACAGUCCAUUUGGAUGUUGCUUCAAAAGAUGUGUGUCUUGG